CUUUAUCAACUUUUAUAUUUUAUAAAUUUAUAUUACAUUUCCUCACUCCACAAAAAAAAAAAUAACUAAAAAAGGACUAAAUGCCAGACUCGACAGCCAAACUGCGCACGCAAACCACACCCGAGAGACAAGCCUCGCAGUCAUCCAUUGGCGACUCCUUGGAUGUUGUUGUUCUCGAAUCAUCGCCUACACGUCCCGGUUCCUCCCAGGUAUCACGCUCAACCAAGCAGCAGCAACCCUCCACAUCCGCUUCGCGUCUCAGCUCUUUCUACUUUCGCGGCACCGCCACCCCAGCGGACAGCUCCACGGUCUUCAGCUCGCCCGCAGCUCAAUCGAUGUCAUCGGCAUCGUCUGCUUCGUCGCUAGUGCAGGUUGGAUCAGCGGGUGCGUCACAGGUCGAUCUGACCAAAAUGGCCAUUUCGCAGCCCCAGGAAGAUGAAGUCCAACAAGAUAAGCCGAGGGAUUUCAGCCAGAUCGUGGGCCAAUUCAAAUGGUCCGGCGCCUCUGUUGAUGGCGAUGAUGCCACGCCACGGUCGAGGAAACGGUCGCUGGUGGAUGUGCGCCAGGAGACCAGCCGAAAGCGACCCACGCCUGUGGCCGUUCUUUCAGACAGCAGCAGCAGUGAUGGCGAGAGCGUGAGCCGUGGCCCACGCCGUGGCAGGUUGCAGCGUGGUGCGCGUCCGUCUUCUGCCAUUAUUGUUUCCGAUUCGCGCUCGCCGUCGCCGGCGCCGGCAGCCAUCACCUCGGCGCGGCGGACACUGGCGCGGCGCGGCGCUGCUGCUGCACAGGUCAUUGGCGAUUCCGACGAGGACUCGGGCGACGAUGCCGGAGCCGGCGGCUUUGAGCGCGCAUACGCGUCAAUCGACCCGCAUGUCAUGCGGCUGUUCAACACGGGCACGGCCGCGGAGCUAAUGGAGAAGACAGGCGCGUCAGUGGCCGAGGCGCAGAUCGUCCUGGGCUUGCGGCCAUUCCGCGAUGUCGACGCGGUGGAGCAGAGCCUGCGGCGCACAAAGGGCGUGCGGCUGGCCAUGUUCAACCAGUUCCGCGACAAACUGCUGGGCCACGCGGAGGUUGAGGAUGUCAUUGCGCAGUGCGCCGGCGCGAUGCGUGCGGCCGGCGUCCAGAGCAACGAGAAGACCGGUGCCAUUGGCUUCUCGGAGGCCGUCGGGCUGGAGCAGCCGCGGAUGAUCGACCGGGCGUUUUCGCUCAAGCAUUAUCAGCUGGAAGGCGUCGAGUGGCUGACGUGCUUGCGGGAUGCCGGGGCAUCGGGCAUUUUGGCUGACGAGAUGGGGCUGGGUAAUUGCUUUGUGUGCCGCGGCAUCGAGCAGCAGCGGGUGUCCGGGCCCAGCCUCGUCGUGUGUCCGUCGUCGACGCUGGAAAACUGGAUGAACGAGUGCCGCCGGUUUGCCCCCGGCCUGCGCGUCGUUGCGUACUACGGUCGCAGGCCGAGCGCAUACGACUCCUCGUACGACCUCAUGGUGACCACGUAUAAUGUGGCGACAGGCAACAAGAUGGACCGGAUGUUUCUGAAGCGCCGGCCGUUCGACUCGCUGAUCCUGGACGAGGGCCAUAUGGUCAAGAACUGCAUGAGCUCGCGGUACAAGUGGCUGAUGCAGAUCAGGACGCCCUUUCGCCUGCUGCUGACCGGCACGCCGCUGCAGAACAACCUGCAGGAGCUUGUGUCCUUGUUGACCUUUAUUUUGCCGCAGGUUUUUGCCGAGUCGCAGCCGAUGCUCAGCCACGCCUUUAAGAACAAAGCGUCGGCGGCAGCGCCAGCCAGUGGCGCAGGGAAGAGGGCGGAGUCGGAGGACGGCGAUGGCGCUCAGACGCCGACUGUUGCCGCUGGCGCCAGUGGUGCCGUGGGCCCUGUUGAGGCACAGCAUAUUGGGCAGGCCAAGACGCUUUUGCGGCCAUUUGUGCUUCGCCGCCGCAAAUGCGAUGUGCUCGGUGAUUUGCCUAGCAAAACCGAAAUCAUCGUGCGCAUGGAUCUGACGCCCACACAGCGCAGGCUCUACGACUCGAUUGCGGCGCCAGCGCAGCAGGGCGGAAUCCAGCGGCUGGUGCGGAUGGAGGAUGCCUCGGCUUUGCUGGACACGGCGGGGGCGACGAAUAAGCCCGGGAGUAAUAGCAGUGGGAAUAGCUGGAUCAGUACGUUUAUGGACAUGCGCAAGGUGGCCGACCAUCCGCUUUUGCUGCGCAGCCAGUAUUCGCGCGACCAGCUGCGCGAAAUGGCCAAGAAACUGAUGCGCGAGCCGGAUUAUGCCGAGGCCAACCUGCAGUAUAUCCUGGAGGACAUGGAGUAUGCACUCUGCGCCAAGUACCCACGCCAUAUGCGGCCAUAUAUGCUCUCUGACUCUCUUCUGUUGGAUUCGGCCAAGGUCAUUAAGCUGCGGGAGAUCGUCGAUGAGUGUGUGGAGCGCGGGGAGAAACUGCUUUUGUUUAGUCAGUUUACAUCGAUGCUCAAUGUUCUCGAGUCGGUGUUCAAGGUUUGGUCCAUCGACUAUUGUCGCUUGGACGGCCAGACCAAGGUUGAUGAGAGGCAGACUAUGAUUGAUGAGUUUAAUCGGCCUGGGAACAAGCUGCCGGUGUUUUUGCUUUCGACAAAGGCCGGUGGAUUUGGGAUUAAUUUGACAUCGGCAAAUGUGGUGGUGAUUUAUGAUGCCGGGAACAAUCCGUCGGAGGAGAGGCAGGCGGAGGAUCGUGCGCAUCGUGUUGGGCAGACGAAGGACGUGAGAGUAUAUAAGUUUAUUGGAAACGAUACGAUUGAUGAGGUUAUUUGGGAAAACGCAAGUCCAAAUUGCUUGUUGAGCACAUGUUUUGAUAACCUUUUUCCAACCAUUUCGUUUAUUUAA